AUGGGUGGCCAACAAUCCUCUGAUGCACCUCAAGAGGAUACGAAGGUUGAGGAGAAAACGGAGCCUCCCAAGGCUGAAGCUGUCCAGGCACCCAAGAGCGAGCCAGAGAAGCAGGAGGCAAAGGACAGUGAAGGGAAGAAAAACUAUUCGAAGAUGCCUGAUACCAAGAAGGCAUCUCCCAAGGAAACCAAGUCUCAGCCAAAAGCUCCAGUGCCUCCAGGUGCACAGAGCUCCGGGAGCUUGGCCAAACAGCUGGCGAAACAGGCACCCAAGGCGGCGGCCCCCAAGAAGAAGGUGCAACAACCAGGUCCUCCGCAGCAGCCUGGUCUCAUCACUCCCGAGAGUGCUGCCAAAGCAAAGGGCAAAGGAGAAAAAGGCAAAGGAGGAAAGGGCAAAGGCUUUCAAGGAAUUCAGCUUUGUGUUCGCAACCUGGCCAAAGAGGCCACCCCUGACCAGCUCAAGGGUAUGUUCCAGCCCUUUGGUGAGCUUCUCAAUGUGGACGUGAAGAAGAACACGGAUGGAACCUGCCGUGGCUAUGGCUUUGUGACCUUUUCCAGCAUGGAAGAAGCCAAGAAGGCCAUCAGCCAGAUGGACAACAAGCAGGUGGAGGGCAAGAGCUUGGUCGUGGUGCUUUCGGACCGUCAGCAGGGAACGACCAAAGCGGAACGGGAAGCACAAGCCCCGAGUGGCCCAAAAGGGAAAGGCAAAGACGGCAAGGGCCCAGAAGGGAAGGGCAAAGGUGGUGCCAAGGGAAAGAUGAAAGGUGCUGCUCCGCAAGCCGCUCCUUCUCCAUUGCCUGCUCCGCCUCAGCCUGCUUGGCCAUAUGCGCAGGCUGAAGGGACCUACCCGACUCCAUACAACUAUGCCUAUCCGAUGGUUUCGCCCAUGGCCGCCUAUGCCAGUCAAGGAUACCAAAAUCCCCAGGCGGCUGCUCAGGCUCUCGCUCUACAGGCGCAGCUGGCCCAGGCGCACCAGCAAGCUAUCCAGUCUCAGGCGGCCUGGUAUGGCCUUGGCCAAAUGGGCUUGCACCAAUCCAUCCCUGCAAACAAUGUGGCGCAAGCUCCACCGCCAACAGUCUCUUUGGCCGCUGCGGCACCACCCCCCAGUGCUCCUGUGGCCGCUCAAGAGGCAAGGCCAAAUCUGAACCAGGAGUAUGAGGGCAGCCUGAAAUCAAUCAGUGCGAAGAAUGGGUAUGGAUUCAUUUCAUGCGAAGAGACGAAGGCUCAUUAUCAGCGCGACGUUUUUGUGGACUCCGCACUCCUACCUGAAGGAAUUCAGGUGAAUGACAAGGUGACUUUCGCUUUGGCCCUGAGCGAGAAGGGCCAUCCUCGUGCAACUUCUGUGAAGCUGAUUGGGCAGGUGGCGGCCCGCUGA